UAGUGAUGCGCACAGGGUGGUUGUUCCACCGCAAUAACGGCAGAACUUUUCAAUUCAACGCUGGUAGUGCCAGCACAGGUGUGCCAUGGGGUGCGCCCCAAGUCUUCAUGUGUCACAGACAGGCAUCAUCUACUGUCGUGAUUCGGACGAGAGUAACUCGCACUCACCCGGCCACUCGUCGAACGUGUCCGUGUCGGCGUCGCAGCAGCAGCCGCAGCAGCAGCAGCAGACGACUGUCGUGUUUCCCAAAACCGAAGUGACGACGACGAGCGACGCGAACGCCACCUCGAUACAACUGACGCAGCAUAUUCGCUUCACGAACCGACGCGGUACGAUCGAAGCAGAGACACAAACCAGCCAACUAUUAAUGAAGCCGCAAAAACCGACGAUCUGGUUCGGGCCGAUGAAGUUAAAAGACGCAGGAAUAAAGCUGUUAACUCUAGAUUUGCCGCUUGCAUUUGAACCAGAGCGGAUUAAGUACUAG